CUGCCACGGCUCACACGAAACGCAGCUAAAAAUCGUUUGGCGCUUUAAAUGCGUUUGUGGGUUGCAAACUAAACCAGCAGCAGAAAAAAACGUAAGCUGUUGAGGAGAUGGAGCACACAGGGAGUCUCCAAAGACUCUGAACCGUCUGACAACCAAAACAAAUCCUUCCUAGUCUAAAAAAGCAGAGCCAUGCUUCCUCAGGAUGUCGGGAAGCAGAAGCCCCGCCGGGUAUCGGAGCCAAUGUGCGGGAUAGACAGCCCCCAGAUGCCGAUUCGGCGCUUAAAGAACCGGGACUUCCCUCUGAGCGUGAAGCGCCGGCGGUCCGGCUCCGCACCUGAGCGCAAGGUGAACUGCGUCCUGGUUGGAGACGGAGCUGUGGGCAAGACCAGCCUCAUAGUCAGCUACACCACCAACGGAUACCCGACGGAAUAUGUUCCCACAGCGUUUGACAACUUCACCGUGAUGGUUGUGGUUGACGGGAAACCAGUGAGACUGCAGCUCUGUGACACGGCUGGACAGGAUGAGCUGGAGCGCCUUCGACCUCUCUGCUACAAGAACGCCGAUGUCUUCCUCCUCUGCUACAGCGUGGUGCGGCCCUGCUCAUUCCGCAGCCUGAUCGAAAGGUGGGUGCCUGAGAUCCGUCAGCACUGCCCCGGCGCGCCCCUGGUUCUCGUCGGCACCCAGCUGGACCUGAGGGAGGACGUCCAGGUGCUGAUCGACCUGGCGAAGAACCAGGAGCGGCCGGUGGGCACCGAGGAGGGCCAGCAGCUCGCCCAGGAGCUCGGUGUGGUGAGCUUCGCCGAGUGCUCCGCGCUGACCCAGAAGAACCUGAAGGACGCUUUCGACUCUGCCAUCUUGGCCAGCAUCCAGCAGACAGACACUUGCAGCGUCCAGCAGCAGAGGCUGACUCUGAGGAAGAAGACGCCCGACAAGCUCAAGAGCCUCUCGGAGACCUGGUGGAAGAAGAUCAACUGUCUGAUGGGAGAGCAGAGCUGCGACUUCAAGUGAGCGCCUGCAUCAUUACAAACCUGGGUCACAUCAUGUUUGAAAAUACUUUGGUAGAUUUGGUUUGUUUCAGCCAGAUGGGUGGGGAUUAUCACCACACAACACCACGAGGUCCAGAAGAGCUUAGACAUUUGGCAGUUUAAUUCCCCAGACCGACAGAGAAAGUGUGAGCAAGAGACUCCACAGAUUUUACACAGUUUACUUGCAUUAAGAAGCUCUUAACAGCCUGUGAAAGCAGUCGUAACAUGUCUUUUGACAGCUGCUCACAUGCACGAGACUUUAAAUUAUAACAGAAACCUUGGUUUGACACUAAGAGUGUGAAUUUUGAGCAUUUAGCAGGCAGGGAGGUUCAAAUGAGAGAUGUUAUUGAAUUGCAUUUAGGAAAAGAUUUCUGAGCCUAACAUACUAAAAAAGUCAGGAUAUCUCUGCCUCUACUGUUUCAUUAUUUAUUAUUAUUUUUGUGUCUCGCAGGUCCCCCAACUUGACAAAGCACAAUCUGUAAUUUCUGGAUUCAACUGUUAACAAAAGUAACCACCAUCUGUUUAAUAACACUGUUUGAUGAUGUUCUGGUCUUCAGGUUUAAGCGAGUCUAAUACAAGAGAAAAAAAGUCUAGAUUUACACAACAAUAAUCCCUCUCGAACUAGAAGUGUGUUGUGGGGUCUGUAUCUGCAGAGACCCUGCCUACGAUCUGUAUUUUCUCUUUUCUUAUUAUUUUCUGUGUUCUGGGCCACUCAAAGCUAUAAAAAUACCAUUGAAAAAACUAAAAUCUAGCAAGGAAAACACCAAAACUUGUCCCAAAACGUGAGUGAAUCUGGGGGGUUUUCUUUCACUUUCACUGAGUUGGGAAGGAUCAGCUGCGUUUGAAUGCUUACUACAAACAGUGAGUGACAGCUCCUGCAUAAAAUGCCUUCAAAAGAUUAAUUUGAGUACAAAAAUGUGUACAUCUGAAAUGAGGCACUGCUGCUUUCAAAGCUCACUUGAAACAGCUGUUACAAGAUUCUUUUCUCCUCACUUUCAUGAUUCUUGAUGCUCCCUUUUCUCCAUAAUAUCCUUGUUUUUUCUUGGCUUUAUUAGCCUCAGUAUAAUUACUGGAACUUGAAGCCGGGACGCUUAUGUGAUCAGGAUUUUAGGAUUCUUUCUAAAUUUGACCUGAUGUGACUAACUCCAUCCGUCUGAGACUCCCAGGAGGUUAAAACAAACCCCACAGAUGUUAUGAGACCCAGGUUUUGUUUAGAGGCAAGAAGUCUGAGAUAUACACUCUUUUGUUUUUGACUCAUUGUGUAUUAUUUGUCACUUUACACCCCAACUGCUGUAGUACUUUGUAUGACUGUUAGUUUGAAGUUAAGUUAUUAUUUCUAUAUUUAUUCAUGGUUAUUUUCAUUGCCAUCGCUGAUCAUUUAAUAUGCCCAGAAGCCUUGAUUAAAGUUUAUAACAAC